UUUAGAGCCCGCCAGGUGGAUGAAAGAAAGCGAGGUGCUUGGAGGAUGAGCAAGCGCAGGAAAGAGGCAGAAGUGAUAGUUUUCGAAGAACCGAAGUUCAAGAAGCGAAAAUCUGAGAAAGAGUUCUGCAGGGGUGCAGACGUGUCACAGCUGUUCUCGAGCGGGCCACCACCGAGUAGAGACGGCGCCAGCAGCAAGCCUCAGCGACAGCAGGCUGAGGAGCUGGACUUUAAGGCAACGCUGCGAGAAGUCCAGAAAUAUGCUGUGUCGAGUCUCAGUGGAACGAGCAAAAGACGGAGAGAGGAAGAACAGGUGUUAGCACUCGGAGGGAAGCCGGCAAAGACGGAGAAGAUGCCUUAUCCUCUGUACAUGAAGAGAGUGAAGGCCCAAAAGAAGAAAGAGAGGAGAGAGAGAAGAGAUUGUCUCUUGGCAGGGAUGCCAAUCCCGAAAAAGGGGGAAAGACACCAGAAAAGAGGUAAGGGGAGGUGGAAGGAAAGCACCAGGAGCAUCAAGCCUCACGUUGGGACCAAUACAAGAGAUGGACUCAUACUCAGUCACAGGGAAAUCUCCAGAGUCAAGAAGAGCUCUGCUCCAAGAAAACACUCUUAGUUGGUCGUUAUUACAUUAUCACGACUGCCCAAUGCAUGGCAAUCUCAUCAUUUGUGAGUAAGCACAGGCAGCAAGUCUGUUGAGUGCAAGCUGUACGUGUCUAGUGUUCUGAUCAGGAUCAAUCCACUUGCAAAUAAACAGUAUGUAAAAAUGGAAAAAAGUGCAAAAAUCUAACGCAUUACAAUUCCUUCUAUAUAUAGACAUCAAAAUCGAACAUUAUAGUAUAUAAUGUAUCUGGUGAAGAUAAAAAUGUUCUUUUCAUACUACUUCUGGAAGAAGGCCAUUCUGUCUUUGACAGUACCUUUACGUGGUCUCCCUAGCCCUUCCUCCUCACUCGUGGUGGUGGGUGGAGUUUUAGUGGAGUUGGGGAAGGGGGUGCGUUUGGUGACCGAGGACGAGGUGGAGGGAGUGCUUUUGGUGACGGGGGACGAGGUGGAGGGUGUACUUUUGGUGACUUGGGAGGCAGGAAGAGGGAAGGUGUGUUUGGUGCUGGUGGCAGAAGGAGUGUUGUUGGUGACAAGUGUAGAGGAGGGUUGGGAAGUGCUCUUUGGAGUGGAGGUGAGUGUGCAGGGAGUGCUCUUGGUGACGGGGGUAGCGGUGGGUUUGGUGCUUGUCGGGGGAGAUGUGGACUUGGUGAAGCUGGUGGACUUGGUGGUGGGUGGAGAGUGUGAGGCUGGGGAGGUUUUCGUCGUCGUCUUGGUGGAAGUGGUGAGUUCUGUGGGUUUGGUGACAAGGGGAGUAGUGGAUUUGUCGUUGGAAGUGGGUGUGGCAACAGGGGCUGGAGAUGGAGAAGCCGGGGAGGUGGGGGAGAGGGUGGGAGGCGCCACCUCUCCAGUCGGAGACUGGGGCUCUGCAGAGCUGCCAUCUCUCCUGUUGAGUAGAGCACUCACUCUCUGCUUCUUCUUC